UCAGAUAUCAAUAACUGUCAUUUUCUAUUGAGUUUACACUUUAUCUCGACGACGACUUUUGAACGCUUAUUGAUUAAAUGUAGUUUGCACAAAGUUCCUUCAAGUAGUCGCCGCAAUGUCCUCGGGCAAACAGUUCGUAUACGCUUGGAUAACAUAUUUCCUGGCCCUUUGCGGUAUCGCGGAGUUCUACUUUGACAUGCGCAGCAGGGGACUAAUAAAAUCGCGUCUGCUGCGCAUUUAUUGCCGAUUGCUGUGCGCGAUUAUUUUUUGCUCUUUCUUUUCGGUGUUGCUUGCGCAUGGGAAGAAAUUUCCAGCAUAUACUACGAAAUCGAAAUUAAUGGCUUUCUUAGUUUGUGCCUCUCCAUGCAACACAUUGAUGGCAUUGCUGAGCUGUAUUUUAUGUGCGCGAGUGUGGCAGAAAAGGCUCUUAGAGAUGCUCAAAGAUCUGCUAAAGAUGGAUGAGCUGAUAGCCACAUGUAGCUGUUGUGCCACCCCCCCAGAUCAGCCACGCCUGCUGAGCCUAUUCUUGAUUAGAUUCUUGAUACUUGUCGCACACACCAUCCUACUCCUGCUACAGCCGGUCAUCGUUGGUGAAGAGUUAAUAGUUUAUUGUAGCAUCAUCGAAUCAAAGCUUAUAAGGAACGGGCUGUACUAUCUGUCGUUUCACAUCAUCUGGCUGAUCUGCUAUACCUUCAUGAAUCUGCAAUCAUGUCUCAGCCAGUUGUUAUCUGAUAGAGAGACCAUAGCACGGAAGGAGCAUAAAGUUUUGGAAGUCCACCGAAUGUACUACAGACUAAUGCGAAUGAUAAACGAAUUCAGCGAGAUAUUUAAGUAUCCGCUAGCUUUUUAUUUGCUCUACACGUUCUGCAGUGCUUGUCUCUGUGGAUAUUUAUUUUGUCGACAGUUGGUUGGCAAACCCUUGCAAAUAUAUAGUCCCGCGACUGAAUGGCUAUUGACGUGUCAAAACAUGAAUCGAAUAUUUGAGCUCUUGGUUCUGGCUAGCAUCGUUAACAUGGCUACUGAGCUCCAUGAUGAAACAUUUCAGAUUUUACGCUCCUCCAACUUUGACUCGGCUGUAUUAGAACGGGGCAAUGACUGGCUAGCCCUGCAGAUAACCUGGCAAAAUAAGAAUAUCAACCUCUUCGGCGUGCUGAACAUCAAUCCCCGUUUGGUAUAUCUGGUCGUGACUAAUAUUGCACUUAAUAUCAUAUACAUAAUACAGAGCGACUAUAAUUAUUUGUAAACCUGAGCUUACUUUAAUGAAAUGCUGAAAU